UUUUUCAAAAUAUUCCCGCGUUUUUUAAGCAGAACAGCAACCAUCUCCAAACGGCCAAACUUCCAUUUGAAACGGUCGACAUGACCCUCCAACAGAUCUCUCUCUCUCUCUUUCAAACUCUUCUUUACCAUCAAUUCCCUACAAUUUCUCCCUAAAAUCAGAGCCAUUUCAAGCUCUUGCCAACCUUCUCAUUCCAACCUCCAAAUUUCUACUUCAUAUAAAUAGGAUAGUCGAAGAGCUCCAAACAUCGCCAUUCAUCCGAAUUCCCUCAGAAACCAGAAAUCAGAAAACAUGGGCACAUGUGCGACAAAGCCUAGAGAAAAUAUUCUUGAGUCGCUGCCCAGUGAGAAUUCGCCCAAUGAGAAUUCAAACAGCACAAAGCAGGAGCCGAAAGCUGUCCAAGGCGAUCCUCCCGUCGUAGAUGAGAAAGUCGAUGCAGGCGAGAACCAAGCUGUAGAAAAUGCAAUCAAGGAAGAGCCAUUGGUAGAUCUUUCAGACCCAAAGCCUGAUGCCCCCAAAUUCGACGGAGAAGUGACAGCCAAAUUGACAACUGCUAUUACAGAUCUAGUUUCUGAGAUAGGUAUGUCGAACGCAGUUGUUUUAUCAGACCCAGCGAAGAAUUCGGAUGAACCCAAGAAGGUCUCAGAAGUCGAUCAUGUUGAGGUGAAGAAGACUGCAGAUCUUGCCCCAGUGUCUGCAACCACGGUGACAGCAGCCCCAGUCUCUGCAACCCCAGCGACAGUGGCCCCAGUUUCUGCAACCCCAGUGACAGCAGCCCCAGUGGCCCCAGUUGCUGCAACCCCAGUGACAGCAGCCCAAGUGGCCCCAGUUGCUGCGACCCCAGUGACGGCGGCCCCAGUGGCCCCAGUUGCUGCGACCCCAGUGACGGCGGCCCCAGUGGCCCCAGUUGCUGCAACCACAGUGAAAGCAGCCCCAGCGGCCCCAGUUUCUGCAACCACAGUGAAAGCAGCCCCAGCGGCCCCAGUUUCUGCAACCACAGUGACAGCAGCCCCAGUAGCCCCAGUGGCUGCAACCACAGUGAAAGCAGCCCCAGUGGCCCCAGUUUCUGCAACCACAGUGACAGCGGCCCCAGUGGCCCCAGUUGCCGCAACCACGGUGAAAGCAGCCCCAGUGGCCACAGUUUCUGCAACCACGGUGACAGCAGCCCCAGUUUCUGCAACCAAGGCGACAGCGACAAACACUGCGGAAAAAAGUGCAUGAGACGCAGAAAUCCAAUGUGGAGGUUAAAGUGGCAUCUUUGAAAUCUGAGGUCUUAGAGAAGAAAGACAUAUUAAAAUCUCCCGUUUCUGCUUGAGGAUGAUUCUUGAUCAUGCUGCCCGAAUUUUUAAAAUGCCUAAGAGAUUGUGUACAACAUUGCAAUUUCGGGUUCUAGAAAGAGCCACACUGUUUGACGUCCUUAUUGGAUCUGUACUGUUGUAUUCCUUAAUCAAGAUCGACUCUUUAUUCUUUUG